AUGGCGCCUAAUUUCCAGAUUGAGAUUGAAAGUUUGCCAGUUGAUCGUUCAGCUGGGUUCCACCAAAAAGUGGUGGAUGGUAUCGAAGAUUUGUUACUGGUUCUAGCUGAAGAUGGUCGCGUUGUGUACGCCUCAUCAAAGAGCUAUUCACACAUGCAGAUCAAGCCUGAAGCUCUAUUUGGUCGUUACAUCAGCACAUACAUGAAUGUCGACGACAUUCCAGUAUUUCUUGUACAAUGGAAAGAGAACAUGGCAUUGGGUUCCACCUGGAGAAGCCACCACCGACUACGACAAGGAGACGAUACCUACAAGCCUUUCGAAUCCACCUUCAAACCAUACACGGACAAGACUAUCAAUAAAGGGACUGGUACCAGAACAAGCACUAAGCUGUGCUUAAUGACUUCACGGCCUUACCAGAUCACCAGCACAUCGCUGAUGGAUUCCUUUCUCGAACACUAUACCACGAACAUCCGCCUAAUGAACCAGUUGGCACAAUUGAAAGGCGAGGCUGAGGAAUUUCAAGAAAGCACAACAUCAACGAAAAUGGUUGACACGACAGUGCAAUGUGCAACAUUCAAGCUUGAGGCGACCACAGCAACAGCAACGGCGACAGUGACGGCGACGGUGACAGCUAAGACUACGACACCCCUAAAACAAGUGUCAAAUUUGGCGCUUCCGCCGACCACUCUUCCCGAAUCAGAAUCAGGAGCACCUCGAAAAAGGAGCAUUUCCGAGUCAACAACGUCCACCAAACCACAGAUAGAUUCCGUGGUGGGUGAUAUAGGCAUCGAGAUUGCCACUUCACGCCUGCAGACCAUGAAGGAAACUGGUGCAUGGACGGCCAAGCCACGUACGAAGAAACGAAAACAAGAGCUCUGCACAGAGUACUUGUGCAAAGAGUGCGGCACUACCGAUUCUCCAGAAUGGCGACGAGGCCCGCUUGGCUCAAAAACUCUCUGUAAUGCUUGUGGUCUACGUUGGUCGAAAGCUCAAAAGGAGAAGGAAAAAGAGUCCAUCGCUGCGCAAAAGACGCAAUGA